CCCAACAAGGAAUAGGCAUAGAGAAAGCGGGAAAACGAAGAACGAUAUAGGCUUUCUAACCCCAAGUGGCGCGUAAAUACAUGCGGUUGCCGGCGUGACUCCGAUGAAUCUAUUCAAGUUGAAGGCGGUGUCUACACUCUCUGACGAGGAUAAUCCUGAUGACACUUUGAAGAAGCACAUUAUCGAUCUUGGAAACGCCAGCGAAGUCAUACACUUCCGGAGGUUCAUUCCCUUGGAUCAGUCAUGGAUGUGGUUCGAUUACCUCAAUAAGCAUAUCCCGUGGACCAGACCUAUCCUUCGCGUCUUUGGAAGAUCUUGCAUUCAGCCUAGAGACAUGUGUUAUGUUGCAGCUCCAGGAUUGACGGAAUUGAGUUACAGUGGAUAUCAACCACAUGCUUAUUCUUGGGAUGAUUACCCGCCACUGAAAGAUAUCUUGGGUGCAGUUCAUAAGGCUCUUCCCGGGAGUAGUUUUAAUAGCAUACUCUUAAAUAGGUACAAAGGCGGUAAUGACUAUGUGGGUUGGCAUGCUGAUGAUGAGAAGCUAUAUGGACCAGCCCCUGAAAUUGCUUCACUGUCUUUUGGAUGUGAACGUGAGUUCAUUUUGAAGAGGAAACCAAGUAAAAGAUCUAAUGAUGUCUGUGUUGUUGGUGUCGCGCGGACGCCAAUCGGUGCUUUCCUUGGCACUCUUUCAUCUAUUUCAGCGACGGAGCUUGGUUCUAUAGCAAUUAAGUCUGCUCUCAAGAGAGCAAAUGUAGAUCCAUCACUCGUGCAAGAGGUGUUCUUUGGGAAUGUUCUCGCUGCAAAUUUAGGGCAAGCCCCUGCCAGACAGGCUGCCUUAGGUGCGGGCAUACCUUCAUCUGUAAUCUGCACUACUAUUAACAAAGUUUGUUCAGCAGGUAUAAAAGCUACUAUGCUUGCAGCGCUGACAAUACAAUCGGGCAUUCAUGACGUUGUCGUGGUUGGUGGUAUGGAAAGCAUGUCUAAUGCACCCAAGUAUAUGGUACAAGCAAGGAAGGGAUCUCGGGUAGGGCAUGAUACUAUCGUUGAUGGUAUGAUCAAGGAUGGCCUUUGGGAUGUUUAUAAUGACUUCGGUAUGGGUGUUUGUGCUGAGCUAUGUGCUGAUCUUCAUGACAUAACAAGAGAGGAGCAGGAUUCUUAUGCGAUAGAAAGCUACGGGAGAGCAAUUUCUGCUCAAAAUUCUGGUCAUUUUACAUGGGAGAUAGUUCCGGUUGAAGUCUCUGCAGGAAGAGGGAAGUCCUUCACCUUUAUUGAUAAAGAUGAAUGUUUGGGAAAGUUUGAUGCUGCAAAGCUAAAGAAGCUUAGGCCAAGCUUCAAGGAGGAUCUGGGUUCUGUAACUGCUGGCAAUGCUUCUAGCAUAAGUGAUGGCGCUGCCGCAUUAGUGCUAGUGAGCGGAGAGAAGGUGCUUCAGCUUGGAUUGCAAGUAAUAGCUAAGAUAAAGGGAUAUGCAGAUGCAGCUCAGGCACCGGAGGUAUUCACAACUGCGCCGGCUCUCGCAAUACCAAAAGCCAUAUCAAAUUCUGGUUUGGAGGCUUCUCAAAUUGAUUAUUAUGAAAUAAACGAAGCCUUCUCUGUUGUAGUUCUUGCGAAUCAAAAGCUUCUUGGUCUUAAUCCUGAGAAAGUUAACGUGCAUGGUGGAGCUGUAGCAUUGGGACACCCCUUGGGCUGCAGUGGAGCUCGUAUCUUAGUAACACUGUUAGGGGUAUUGAGACAAAAGAAGGGGAAGUAUGGGGUUGCUACUAUCUGCAAUGGAGGGGGAGGGGCGUCUGCUCUCGUCUUUGAGCACAUGCCAGUUUCCAGGGUUGGACUUUCUUCAUUGUAAGGAUGGUUGGAGAAUAAAAUGUAUUGUGAUUCUGUUGAAGAAAGAAUGGUUAUACUUCUGAUUUACAUCUUGCAUUGUGUUGUACUACGUGCGGUCCUUAGUAUAAGAUCUCAUCUGACUUUUAUUGUGCUCUUAAAUAUAAUACCCCUAUCCA